UCCGUGCUAAGAUGGCCAAAGCUCUGCUUGUUUCUUGCGUUGUCUUCUUCGUCUUCGCGCCUUCGGUUUCGUUGUCGAGUCCAACCUACAACGUGCAGAGCUUUGGCGCAAAAGCCGGUGGUGUAUCGGACUCCACUCCGGCGUUCCUCAAGGCCUGGGCCGCGGCUUGCGGCUCCGUUCAGUCGGCGACGAUAUACGUCCCGGUCGGGAUGUUCUUGCUGGGCCCGGUGGAGUUCAGAGGGCCAUGCAAGAAUAACAUCAACUUUCAGGUGGAUGGAACUGUUGUUGCUCCGUCGGAUUAUUUGAAACUGGGCAGUUCAGGGAACUGGAUACUGUUCGUUCAGGUGAAUGGGAUGACGCUCGCCGGCGGCACAUUUGACGGCAAGGGAGCUGGAUUCUGGGCAUGCCGGACGUCGGGGAAGAGUUGCCCCGUCGGAGCAAGGUCCAUAACAUUCAAUUGGGCCAACAACGUCAUUGUUAAAGGCGUGACAUCACUUAACAGUCAGAUCAGUCACCUCGUAAUCAAUAGCUGCAAUAACGUGAUGGUUCGCGGGGUGAAGCUGGUUGCUCCGGCACAGAGCCCCAACACCGACGGAAUCCACGUGCAGUUAUCCACCGGAGUAACCAUAGUCGGCAGCAGCAUGAAGACCGGCGACGAUUGCAUCUCCAUCGGUGCGGGGACCCGCAACUUGUGGAUGGAAAGCAUUCAAUGCGGUCCAGGCCAUGGUGUCAGCAUUGGAAGUCUGGCAAAGGAAUAUAACGAAGAUGGUGUCCAAAACGUAACCCUAACAAAGUCAGCGUUCAUCGGAUCCGACAACGGCGUGCGGAUAAAGACAUGGGCUAGGCCUAGCAAAGCAUUUGUGAGGGGCAUCACAUUUCAGAACCUCGUGAUGAGAAAUGCAAAGAACCCCAUCAUCAUCGACCAGAAUUACUGUCCCGAUAACCAAGGUUGUCCUGGUCAGAGUUCGGGGGUGAAGAUUAGCGGGGUGACAUACAAGAACAUACAAGGAACAUCAGCCACCCCAGUUGCUGUUGAAUUCGACUGCAGUUCAAGCAAUCCAUGCAGCGGCAUCAAACUGCAAGACGUGAAGCUCACUUAUAUGAACAAAUCGGCGCAGGCAUCAUGCAGGCACAUCGACGGAACCUCCAGCGGUUUAAUGGUGCCGGAAAGUUGCCUGUAAAUGCCAUUUCCACUCUUUCUGCAGUACUUUGGGCAAGCUUGGAUGAAGAAGCCGCUUGCAAGCAUACUUCUCAUUAUUCAGAAUUAUAGUGUUUAUAAAUGUAGCUCUUUGGUACGAUGUGACUUUCUUUUUCAUUUUUGUGCAAACUAAAGGGAGAGUAAGUCCGAAAUCUCUGUUUGGAUGCUAUGUGUCUAUGAACAUUGAGAUUCUGUAAAAAUAUAUUUAGUUAUUUUUACAACUUAAA